AUGGGGUGGCUGGGUUCUAUGGUGAGGGAAUGUGUAGUGUUUAGGAGUGCUCAUGAGUUUUUGAGAACCCAUAGAAAAGGAGACACGGUGCUAAUGGUGCAGAAGGGACAUAAUCACAAUGGAAGUUUCAUUUCUCUUUCAGAGUUUGGUCGUGAUAAGAGGAGAGGUUUGAUUGUUGUGCCGAAAGGGAGGAAGGGGGAGGGGUGGAAAAAUUUCGAUGAUGCUUUAAUGGAAAUCCAUGCAUCCUCUAUUUCGGGGAAGAGAACCAGAGCUUUUCUUAGUGUCCAAAUAGGUAACUGGAGGAUGAACAGAGAAGAUGGUGGUGUUGCUCCAUCGUCGAAGGCAGGAGGUGAUAGAUCGUACAGUGAGGUGCUUAAGGUAGUGCCUCGAGCCGUGUCAGACGUGUUCACCUCAGAGACUGUACAGAGACAUGAGGGAAAUGGUAGUGGGCUGUUAGGGUUGAAUGAGGAAAUUAUUCUGAGGAUGCUGAUUGGCCUAGAGGAAAAAAAUAAUGGGCCGCAUAACUCGAGUUCGUGGGGCCCAGGUUUGGGCCGGGGCGCGGGUCAAACCAAGACAUGGAGGGUCUUAAAUCGGGCUCCCACCGAAAUAUCGGGACAGGGAUCGAAACAGACUUCGGGGGAGCCGAUACAUAGUUUGCCGGCACCACCACCGGCACAGAAAGUUUUGCCGGCCUCCGUCGACCCCGUUGGUGUGCUGGUUGAGCUAUUCCGAUGGGAUGGGUUGGAGGAUGGUGAGAUUGCGUUGGAGCUAGACGCGGUGGAGACUUCGUGUGAGGUUGAUCCGUCGCUGUCUCUUGAAGUGGGGUUGGGAAGUGGCCAGUUUGAGCCGUGUGUGGAGGUAGUAGCCCAAGAGGCCAUGCCGGUGCAGGUUGUUUCACCUGGUUUUGGAUCUUCGAGUAUGGAGGAUCCAGUAGUGUCAGGGGAAGGUUUUUUCUCUGGAAAUGAGGGGGGUUCAGAAUUGUCUUUGCUUCCCAAGGACAGUGUAGGUGAGGAGGGGGCAGCUACUCCACUUUGUACACUUCCUCCUAGUAAUUAUGGGAGUUGCUCGUCUAAUUGGAUUUUUAAUAAGGUAGAGGAGCUUCAAGACAUUUUUGGGAUUUCUUUUGGAGGCUAUGAAGAGCAAUUUAUGGAGCUGGUUGUGGCUAUUGAAGCUAGCUGAUCGAAAUCCGCCACAAAACAGGAUAGGGAACUCAAACGUUUAACGUGUUCCAUCAAUUAUGACGUUAAGGAAGGAAGUAGUGGAAGGGAUAGACCGAAAGGGAGGGGCAAGUUAAGUUUUUUAUGAAGCCCAAGAUUUUAUCUUGGAACAUACGGGGACUCAAUGAUAGUAAUAAACGUCUUCGUAUCACAACCUUAUUGAGGAUGUGGAAGGGUGAUGUGGUAUGUUUACAAGAAACAAAGUUGAGUCUAAUAGAUAGAAAUAUUGUGCGUAGCUUAUGGGGAUGUUCGCAUGUGGGUUGGUCUUAUUUGGCCUCAUUGGGAGCUUCAGGUGGUGUUUUAUUAAUGUGGGAUAGAAGAGUGGUCGAGGUGAUCGAGGAGUGUGUUGGCGAGUUCUCUAUUUCGACUUUAUUAAAAAAUGUGUGUGAUGGAUGGGAAUGGGCUUUUGUAGGGUGUUAUGGUCCAAAGAGGGAUUGUGAUAGGCGUAGGUUGUGGGAGGAAUUGGCGGGUAUAUACUCAUUAUGUGAUGUGCCGUGGUGUAUGGGAGGUGAUUUCAACAUUAUCCGUUUUCCUAGUGAACGUUCAGGGCAUCAUCGGCAUUCUAGGGCCAUGGAGGGUUUUUCUGAGUUCAUUUUUUAUCUGGAUCUUAUGGACCUGCCCUUGGUGGGGGGUGAAUACACAUGGUCUAACGGCUGGGCUUGGUCGAAGUUGGAUAGAUUCCUGGUCUCUCCGUCAUGGGAAGCUCACUAUCUAGAAGUAAGUCAAAAAAGAUUAGCUCGAGUCAGUUCAGACCAUUUUCCCAUUAUCCUAGAUUGUGGGGGCAUACAUAGGGGUCGCCGGUACUUCAAGUUUGAGAACAUGUGGCUAACAACGAAUGAGUUUGUAGACACGGUGCAUGCCUGGUGGGUAUCGUAUCAGUUUAGUGGCACACCAAGCUUCAUUCUAGCA